UCUGUUUCGCUCUCUCUCUCUCUCCUCUCCCUGAGCUUGAUCGGCAGGUUCCUUACUCUCCCUUCUCUCUCUCUUGGAGUCGAAUUUCUUCCCGGGAAAGAUAAUCGUUCUUCUCUUAUUCCCUGUAAAAUUCCUUUCCGGAGGAAAAAAAAGCUUCAGCUUCGACGAUUCGAUUCCAAGAGAUCCAUUGUUUUGUUUCUUGAUUACUCCAAUGUGCUUCAUAGGGUUUCGUUGUAAAUCGCUGUACAAAUCACUUUGAUUUUUAACUCCUCUCGGUCAUUCUCAGGUUUUCCUUUCUCCACUCUCUUCUUCGACGUUUCUGCUCAAGUUUAUUGUUGUUUUUUUUCCCCUUGGUAUCCGUGGGUUUAUAUUCGACUCUGCAGACUUCGGAUUAUGUUUUUGUAGGUGAAUAUAGAAAAACUGAGAACGGUAUAUUGUAGAAUUAGUUUGAGAAAAUUUCAGAGCAGACAAAAAUAGUGGUUGUUUCGUAUUAUGUAGGUAAUUUUGGCGCGAUUAAUGAUCGAUUUUUGUGUUUCCCCUUUUUGUUAAGCUACGAAACUUUUUUUUUUUCUUUUUUCCCGGAAGAAGCUCUAAGAUUCUGGUGCGUUGUUUUAGUUUGCCAUCCAAAAUUGAGGGUUUCUUGUAAUUAUUCCUCGUGAUUUUUCUUCUUUUUCUUCUCGUCACGAAUUUCACCUUUUUUUUUUCGUAGUUUUUUAGGAGAGUAAGGAAUUUGGGAUUAUAGAUUUAGGUUGGAGUAGGUAGGAUCUUUGAUGGCUCUUAAUUUUUCUCGUCGUCCUAUCUUUCCUCUGCACCUUUCCGAGGACAACAUAGUUUCUCCAAUGAGGAUUGCUAAUGGUUAUAUUGUCGAGGGCAUUCCUGAAAACAACGUGGAAAGCUGUGGAAAGUCAUGGCAUCGUGGCCGGGAGGUGGAUGCUUGUUUUGAUCAUCGAAAUGAUAUAUGUUCAGAUAGCUCGCAGGAUCCUGUCUCCAAGGACAUUCUUGAUAUUCUGCCUGCGGAUCCAUUUGGCAUGGAUAUUAGUACCACUUUUACAGCACUUACAGGAUGGCUUGAGGACAUGGAAGUGGACUAUGCUGAGUGUGUUCGCGACGGGGGCGGUACUGGCGAAAGGAAUGUCGAGUUAUUUGCAGGUCUGAAUUUUUUUUGGAACAACGCUUUGAAGUUCCAAGCGUUUCCUGAGAUUAAAGGUAUUGUUCAGAAACCUGAUCCGAUGUGUAGCUGCGAUGGGUUUCUGGAUGAAAAGGAAACUGGAGAUGUGUCCUGCUCUUGUGAUUUUAGAUCCAUUUGUAGCAUGGAUGAAGUAUCUUUUGCUGAUGACGAUCCUCCUAGUUGUUGUGGGCAGCAGGCUGCAGAAUCUGAGGAGCAGAGUUGCAUCUAUUCGGAGGUAGAUGGAGGAGCCCCUCAUGCAGGCUUAAGCUUUGCCCUUUGUUAUCUGGGUGUUCGGGAUUUACUCUCUGUUGGAAGGGUUUGCAACUCUCUGCAUUCAGUAGUACAGGGCGACCCCCUUUUAUGGAGGAACAUUCACAUAGAACAACCAUUGAACGAGAAGAUUACUGAUGACAUUCUUUUGCAACUAAGUAAUAGAGCUCGAGGUAACCUGCAAUGCUUGAGUCUGGUGGAAUGCCCAAGAAUUACAGACGAGGGUCUGAAGCAAGUGCUUGAAAGCAAUCCUAGGCUUACGAAAUUGUCUGUUCCGGGAUGUACUAGACUCAGUAUUGAAGGUGUUGUUAGCAGCUUGAGGGCUUUCAAGUUGACGAGUAUCCAAGGAGUGAAACUUCUAAGAAUUGGUGGGUUAUUCGGGGUGACACAAGAGCAUUUUGAAGAGUUGAAGUUCUUACUGGGAAGUGGCUGCAGCCUUAAGCCGCAAAAUUCUUAUAAGCCACAUUUUUAUCACAGGGGAAACUUUUAUUUGUCUUGUGAUGAUGAACGUGCUAUUGAUAUUGAAAAAUGUCCUAGAUGCCAAAACCUGAGGCUUGUCUAUGAUUGUCCAGUGGAUGGUUGUCAGGGAAAAGAAUAUGCUGCUCAGGCAUGUAGGGCAUGCACCCUUUGCAUAUCACGGUGUAUUCAGUGUGGUCGAUGCAUUAAUGAGAACGAGUUUGUGGAAACAUUUAGUUUGGAAUUGCUCUGCUCAGGCUGCUGGAAGCCAUCACUGGAAUGUCAAGAGGAACGGGAUUGGAGGGAAUAGGAAGACGACUUCUUUCUUCAUGGUUAGGGUGGCAAUGUGGGCCGUCUUCUAAUUAAUUCUUGGAACACACGUGAGUUUGCUCAAUUGGCUUUAAAUAAAAGGAGAAAAAAAAAAAAAAAAAAAAGAAGCUAGAAUCAUUCAAGUAUAUGGUUCCUGUUAUUUUAAUCUCAGGCUCGUGUGUCAGAAUCAGCUUCCUUCAGGUUCUAUUUUUGGCAGCUGCCGUUUUAAUCCUCAGUGUUGAAGGGAAAGAGAAUAAAUCACUUGUGCUGCUAAAGGCUCCUUACUAUCAUUGUUUGAUGUACUUGUAGUAUAGUCGAUGAAGCUUGGAUGAGGAUCUUUAUGCAAGGAUCUAGGAUCUUAAUCGUACUGUUAAUGAUGAAUGGUGUAGACAUGGGAAUGCUCAGCUCCAUCAGCACCAUUCUUACCUAGAGGCGAGAAGGGUCGAGGUCGUUAGAAAGCAAGACGAGGAUGCCAUUUCUAAUACGGUGUCGAGGCACUGCCUCGUUCUAGCUCCGCCCUGAGAUUAUGAAAAAGGGGAACACAAGCUUAUAUUACUCCAAUUUCAAGCUUAUAUUAACUAGUCCAAUUUCCAAGUCCUGAUAUCUGCAUAUAGUGUGGGAAGUAUGGCGUCUGUUAUAGCCUUAGCAUCUUCAUGAAGAGGCUGCCGUUGGCCUGUGUGGGUAUUUCGGAUGGAAUUUCUUCUUAGCCAUGUGCAUUCUUAGGGUUUGACCUCUUUUAUAGUCCGAAUUCAUGGGUGGAUCAGCCCCCUUGCCUGUGUUUCAUGUCGUUUAUCUAAGUCGCUGCCUUCGACAUUUUUUUUGCAUCUGGUUUCUUCAUCAGGCAGUACUUUUGCUUGUUUUGACCACCCGUGGACGGGGAACGGGGAACGAAAUAAACAGACUAUAAAUGUUAUUGUAUCUUUGGACAA